AUGAGGAAUCUCGGUCCAAGAAAUACGCUGAUGGCACCGCUGUCUCCUCCUCUGCCCAUUCGAAAGUCAGAGUCCAUUGAAGUGAUCAUGCCAGCAUCUCCGAGGUCGACAAUGGACGUGUUUGUCCUGACCGGGGAUGAUCAAAUACAUCGUGUCCGAUCGGACGAUGAUAGUGUUUCCUGCGCCUACGUGUCGGAUGAAGCCAGUGAGUCGUUCUCCCUGUCCAUGAGUUCGUUUGGAUCGGCCUUUCUACUAGAGCAUACUCCUACUAUUAAUAGGGGUUUAGUACAGGAUGUAGAAGAACCAUCACCAUCACCAUCACCGCCUCCACCACCACCAAUCCCUAGUUUGAUUGUGGACGUUUCGUCGCCUGUAGCAACAUCCACAACUACAGGUACCGGUACCAUGGAAAGCAUCGAUUACACAUACUCAGAGGAUGACGGGGAUGAUCACAAUGAAGAGCUUGUUGGUUUGGCUUGCCUGCCGGAAGCAUUUUGGGGUUGCGCCUUUCUGGGAGAUGGAGGGCCCGAACCCCUGUGGUACAAAGCUGGCUGGAACCAGAAAACAUGGACCAUUCGAUAG